AGCUCUUUCUCGAUACACUUUGCAACAAUCAAAUAUCAGAUAAAUUCAGUAUAAGAGGCACGUGCUAUUUGACCCUACCUCUAGAGUGUUUUUUUUUUUUUUUUUUUUAAAUAAUAAUAAUAAUAAUAAUAAAUAAAUGAUUGCAAAUAUAAGAUUACAACGAAAUGGGCGAACCUCCGGAAGAAAAAAGGAAAGAAGUGAAAAUAAAAGCAGCAGAAUUUGCAGAUCUAAACCUCUGAAAAAUCUGGAAUUGGAAUUGAAAUUGAAGAUCUAUGGCGUUGAAGUUUUUGAACAAGAAGGGAUGGCACACGGGGAGUCUUCGGAACAUAGAGAACGUGUGGAAGGCUGAGCAGAAGCAUGACGCUGAGCAGAAGAAAUUGGAAGAGCUCCGCAAACAGAUUCUGGAGGAGAGGGAGCGCUCAGAAUAUCGGCUCCUCCAGGAACAAGCUGGCCUCGUUCCCAAGCAAGAGAGAUUGGAAUUUCUUUAUGAUUCUGGAUUAGCAGUAGGAAAGGGCAGCUCUGAUGGAUUCAAAGCACUGGAAGCCCUGCCCAGCAACGAUGUAGCCUCCUCUUCUUCUGCCAAGCAGCAGCAACCAUCCGUGCCAGGAGCUUUAUUUGAGGAGAAACCUCAAUCUGCCAAUGAUACAUGGAGGAAACUUCAUUCUGAUCCUUUGCUUAUGAUUCGACAGCGAGAACAAGAAGCCCUGGCACACAUUAAGAACAAUCCAGUUCAGAUGGCCAUGAUCCGCAAAUCUGUGGAAGAGAAAAAGCCCAAGGAGAAGAAACACGAUAGAAAAGAGGAAAAGAAACUUCAUCACAAGAGUUCAAAGCAUCACACGCAUUCUUCAUCGAGACACCAAUCUGAAAAUGUCACUCCUGAAGAAGAAAGAAGAAAGGAUGGUAGCCAUAAGAGGUCAAAUUAUGAGGAAAAAGCACCAACAGAUUCAGAAGAUGAAUCAGGUGAAAGGGGAAGAUUAAAAAGGAAGAAACACCACAAGGAACUGAAUCACAAGGAGAGGUCAAAUUAUGAUAAAACACAGCAAGAUUUGGACAAUGAAUCAGGUGACAGGGAGAGACCAAGAGACAAGAGACACCACAAGGACCUGAAGCACAAGGAGAGGUCAAAUUAUGAUAAAACGCAGCAAGAUUUGGAUGAUGAAUCAGGUGACAGGGAGAGACCAAGAGACAAGAGACACCACAAGGACCUGAAGCACAAGGAGAGGUCAAAUUAUGAUAAAACACAGCAAGAUUCGGAUGAUGAAUCAGGUGACAGGGAGAGACCAGGAGACAAGAGACAGCACCAGGACCUGAAGCACAAGGAGAGGUCAAAUUAUGAUAAAACACAGCAAGAUUGGGACGAUGAAUCAGGUGACAGGGAGAGGCCAAGAGACAAGAGACACCACAAGGACCUAAAGCACAAGGAGAGGUCAAAUUAUGAUAAAACACAGCAAGAUUUGGACGAUGAAUCAGGUGACAGGGAGAGACCAAGAGACAAGAGACAGCACCAGGACCUGAAGCACAAGGAGAGGUCAAAUUAUGAUAAAACACAGCAAGAUUGGGACGAUGAAUCAGGUGACAGGGAGAGACCAAGAGACAAGAGACAGCACCAGGACCUGAAGCACAAGGAGAGGUCAAAUUAUGAUAAAACACAGCAAGACUUGGACAAUGAAUCAGGUGACAGGGAGAGACCAAGAGACAAGAGACAGCACCAGGACCUCAAGCACAAGGAGAGGUCAAAUUAUGAUAAAACACAGCAGGAUUUGGAUGAUGAAUCAGGUGACAGGGAGAAACCAAGAGACAAGAGACACCACAAGGACCUGAAAUACAAAGAGCAAACAUCCAGUGGCCUGUCUGACCUGAAAUCUGGAGAAAAUGACAAUCUGGAAAGAAUCAAGAAUAGGGAGAAGUCGAAGCAUGAUAAAUAUUCUUCAGGAGAAAGGAAAAAUAAUGUUGCUUCUAGGGAGGAGACAGGGAGCAAAAAAUUUUCUCAAGCAAGUCAUUCUGAUUCUCCUGCUAAUCGCCAUGAAUCACACUAUAGGCGCCGAAACACUGCUCCAAAACUUUCUGAAGAAGAGAGAGCUGCGAGGUUGCGAGAGAUGCAAAUGGAUGUUGAGCUGCAUGAAGAGCAGAGACGGAAACGCCUGAGGAAGGCUGAGGAAAAUGAUGCACAAGAGGCUACUCAAGCAGGCAUAUCCCAGGGAAGGGAUUUCUUAGAUGCUACUCACAAGAGUGUGUAUGGUGCUGAGAAGGGAGGAAGCUCGACAAUAGAGGAAAGCGUUCGUCGCCGCACACAUUAUUUGCAGGGCAGGUCAGAAGUGGGAGAAGGCAAUGCAUUCCGGCGGUGAAGCCUUUGCUCUGUGUGCUCAUUCGUCGCAGCCUCUUCUCCUUGAAAUGUAUGGCUUUCCAUGCACCAACUUGACAUCCAGCUGCAUUGGAUUGUAAUGACAAGCUGCUCCCUGUUGAGCUGAAUUUAGUCCUGUAACUUAUUUUCUUCACGGGUCCUGGGUUGAGUAAAUGGAUCUGGGUUACUUCUGGAGGCACUGAGGCAGUCCCUGAUUGGGUUGUAAACUUCUCCCCAGAUAAUUCUACCGUUGCAUUUAUAUCAUUCUCUUUUCCAUA